CUUAUUCCAUAUGGACAAGCUCUGUUUGAAGAGCUUGAACCGGAAACUCAGGAAAGAGUCAUGCAAACAAUACGCGAAGACUCAAAUACAAACUAUGACAAAAUCUUUCUAGGAUAUAGGUUACCUGAGAUGGGCGACCAGAGCCCAAAGGCAAAAAGGACAUGGGAAAUUUGCAACAUACUAGAUGAACAUAAUGCAAAGAUGCAACAACUUCAAGCAGAGGGCAAUGAAGGAAAAAGAAGAGUUAAAAACUCAGUCAGGAAGAAAGUAAAGCUUGGUCCACGUGGGUUCUAUUAUGACAUAUAA